CAGUGGCCGAGAAGGGAGCAGGUGAUGGGAGGUGAUCCACACUGUUUAUCUCCCUCCAGUGAGUUACUCAGAUAACCUACCACAGAAAGAUGCCAGCACAGUCCACAUGACUCUAUUUGGACUAUAACCACUUAAAAUGGAUGAACAAAAGGCUGACGACCAAUCAAAACUACAAUCUGAAGAGAAUGUACAAAUCGACAAGAUCGUCGAUGAUGACGGCGAACUCCUGCCGUUGGAUCGGCCGGGUCCACGGGAUAUUGAACAAACAAGAAUGGAAAAUGAAACUCUUCAAGCAUUACCGUUAGAAAGGUCCAGUGAGAUGUUAGUUAAUAAAGAUGAUGAUACAGUGACGAGUGGUGGGUCGUCACGGUCCAGGGAGAGUGAAGGUGUGGAAGACUGUCAAGGGGAAGGUUCUUGUGCUUCAGAAAAACAGAAUUCAAGUGACGUGAGAAUAGUGGAGGAAACAGUCAAUACAGAAGAGAGAAUGAUGAAUGUUGCAGAGGAGGAACUGAUGUUAACCAACAGUGUUUUACGAGAUGAUAGUGUUGUAGAGUUUUCCCUGGAAUAUAUCCCAGACAGUGACACCAGAGGAAUGGAGAACAAUUUACAACAAACUGAAGUAGAUUCUGUAUAUUGUAGUAGCACUGAACCAGACUCGUCCAGACACAGUAGAACCUGCGCUGUUACCCAAAGUAACCAAGUAUUAACUUUACCAUCCCAUCCUGUACCUGAGGAUCCCAAAACUUCUAGUUGUCUUCUCACCGAAAUUGAAAGCCUUCUGACGACAGCAGUAAAUGAGUGUAGUCCCGAUUCUGACUUUGAGAUCAGCAAAGUGGAUUUCUCCUCCACGCCCAAAGAAAACCUGAUGAGGAUGUUGUCGUGUUUAUUAGACGAGUGUGACACAUUGAAGAGGGAGAAGGCCAGGCUAGAGGGUGAAGUGGACCGCCUUGAAGCUGACCACUCGUCUCAGGUCUACGCCUCACAGAUAGAAGCCCUCGAGAAGACUCUGGCGCAGGCACAGGCAGAUGCAUGUAGUUGGCAACAAAAACUACAUCAAGCAGAGGAGAGUUACAUGUCCGAAAAUGUCAAGAUUCGCUCGGAUCUCACGACUCGUCUUGAGCGCAUGACACGAGAGUACGAGGCGGCAAAUAAAGACAAGGAAUCGAUGGUCGUCAAAUAUGCGACUUCAGAAAGGGAGGUCAUUGUGGCCAAGAAGCAGAAGGAAGCAGUCGAGAAAAAGAUGAAGGAAAUGGAGAGGGAGAGAGAACAGCUCAUUGCCAAAACUAAAAUGUUAAUAUCGGAACGAGCUCGCAUCUGCCAGACCCUCGAUACCAAG